UUUUAAAAUAAUUUGCACUUCUGUGUUCGGAUUCAAGGACAUAGAAUAAAAAAUUGGACACAUAGAUACAAAUUUUCGGACAAAAUAAUGGGACAUCACACGCGGCACCAUUGGCUCGCGUCUUUACUAUGCAUAGUGCUAUUAUCAAAGAACGCUCGCUGUGAUGGUCCACACAUAGACUCGGCAUCACUGCCCCUCGAACACAGAUCCGUUUACGGCCCCCCACUACAACAACAGUCACCUGCGCCCAUUUAUGGAGCGCCGCAAGGUUCUCUUCUCGGUUCCGGUGCUAACAAUGAAAUCUCCUCAGACGAAGCGUGGCCAUUGGCCGCCUCCAACGACAGUCCACAAAUCAAACAUCUGCAAGUGCAGUGUGAAAAGACACACAUGCGUGUUAACAUCGAAUUCGAUAGACCAUUCUAUGGAAUGAUUUUCUCAAAGGGAUUCUACAGUGAUUCACAUUGUGUGCAUUUGAAGCCUGGCACAGGACAUUUGAGUGCGACUUUUGAGAUCUUCCUCAAUAGUUGUGGCAUGAGUAGUUCGGCAAAUCACAAUGCAGCUGGAUUUGGAUCUCCAACACCUUCGGGUAGUUAUGUGGAAAAUACAAUUAUUAUUCAAUAUGAUCCUUAUGUGCAAGAAGUCUGGGAUCAAGCAAGAAAGCUCCGUUGUACGUGGUAUGAUUUCUAUGAAAAGGCUGUCACAUUUAGGCCGUUCCAAGUCGAUAUGUUACAUGCUGUUACGGCCAAUUUCUUGGGAGAUAACCUCCAAUGCUGGAUGCAAAUUCAAGUCGGUAAAGGACCAUGGGCUUCAGAAGUGUCAGGUAUUGUGAAAAUCGGUCAGACAAUGACCAUGGUAUUGGCCAUCAAGGAUGAUGAGAAUAAAUUUGAUAUGUUGGUGAGAAACUGUGUGGCUCAUGAUGGUAAGAGGGCACCAAUUCAAUUGGUCGAUCAAAGUGGGUGUGUUGUUAGGCCAAAGAUCAUGAGCAAAUUCCAGAAGAUCAAAAACUUUGGCCCGUCUGCGUCAGUAGUUUCGUUUGCUUACUUCCAAGCAUUCAAAUUCCCUGAUUCGAUGAACGUUCACUUCCAAUGUGUUAUUCAAGUCUGCCGUUAUAAUUGCCCAGAACCCAAGUGCGGACAUGGACCAUCUCUCGGUGGAGGUGAGUAUGGAGUACCACAAAUCGGUGCUAACGCUCUAUCGGCUGAAUAUGGAGCUCCAGAUGGAUAUGAACGAGGUGAUUUCGGACUCGGUGGACUACCACCAGCAGCUUACCCAGACCCAAGACACCCAGCUGACGCAACAGGCGCCUACUCUGAGAACCAACCCGACGUUGUUCCAUCGCCACAAGCUCAAACCUCAGCUGUAACUACAUCUGAAUCAAACCUAGUUAGUUCGCCAUCGCCACAGGGAUCCAAUGAAUUGCACUUGCCACCUCCUCCACUACCAGGCCAAUCUGGCUACAGUACAAUGAAGAGGAAGGACGACAUGGAAGGUGGCAAUUUGGUGUCUCUAGGUGGUCGCCCUCGAUCUGUCGAAGGCUUAGACGAUCUUCGAGGAGUGCGCAAGCGUCGAGAAAUCGACUACGAAACCAUGGAACUAGUGGUCAAACCACGAAUCUAUAAACGUGAUACCCAAGAAAUGACAGAUGUGAACACGAGUCGAACGAUUCAGGUCGUUGCUCCAGGUGAUGUCAAUUUCGCUCUCAAUAGCAAUUCCAAUAACGAAACGGUGGUAAUACAGUCGGCGCGAUCUGCUGACGCCGAAACGAUUUGCAUGUCAGUGCCGAGCUUUGUUGGAGGCUUGGUUAUGUUGCUCCUGGUCCUGGCAGUUGCAUCACUAGUCGCCGCUUUCCUGUUCGUGAGGGUACGGCAUUUUGAUCGCAAAGGUCUUGGUAUGGCAUACGUGAACUAGGCCGAAAAAAACCUUUUAUUAUGCCUAAGGCAACCCCAACACGAGCACACCAAAUUAUUUUUUGUCUAAACAAUUCUAUUUAUUAUUUUUUUUAUAUAAAAAAUGGCAAUUGUGAAGAAAUUUAUUGUAUCAAGGAUUAUUUUCCAAUUUGCCACUAAUCUAUAAUUUAUAUCUUUUUUUUCUAUUUCUAGCUAUUUAUUUAUUUUUCUAUUUAUU